GAUGAUUAAUGAGCACUUGACUACUGAUGAGGUACGGAUUAUAAAUAUUGAUGAAAACGCCCUUGAGGUCGUCCACAGCUUUAACGAGCAUAGCCUGGUUGUUCCGAAAGGAAAGCUUCGCCUUAUGUUGGAAUGUCACAAGGAACGGACGUCACUGAUUGGUGGAGGCCGGGAGCCCAGGUAACUUAAGGGUCCAAUGGAGCUUAAACUUCCACUUCACUGCCCAACGCAGAGCGAGACGCACACUCAUCCGGCCAGCAGUUUUGCAUUUUGUCUUCCAACGUUCGUGUUUCUCAUUGACUUAAGGAUGUGGGAAAGAACCAGAUUCUCCUCUUCAAAAGCUAAGAUGGGGAGUCUCAUCAUUGCAAGCGUUCUAUUGGUGUUCGGGGUCUGGCUAAUGAGACGCAAUGAUCUAAUGACUAUCGAGAGAAGCAUACAAAAAGAUGUGAUGGAGAAAUGUGUUCAUAGACAGUACUUCAGGCAGUGUAGAGAAUUCAUUACAAUAUUUGUGGCGGUACCCAUGGCGGUUGGUUAUGUGACGGGCGUCUUCGAGGCCAUAGUCGGAGGUCUUCUCAUCUACGGCAUCCUAAAGCAAAAGAAGCGUCUCAUUCAAGCAUUAUUGAUAAUGUUAGUGAUUCAGCUCAUUGUCCAUAUACUGUGCUGCAUGGGCAUACUGUACAUGGCCACUAGUUACAACGACUUGGCACACGUGUUUUCCGCGAUGACUGCUUUCUGUUUGUACCUGCUUGUCGAGGCUUGUCUUCUCCUGGUAAUCCGUGCACACUACUUGCAAAUAAAACUGUCAAAAUUAGAAUGAUCAAAAUUGAGUUCUGGUGGUGCAGCAACAAGCAAAGGAGUCUCUUCGCUACGAAGACGUCUGUCGCCGGUGUGGCAAAUUGCAUACUCUCUUAACUUUACGGUACAUGUUUCUUAAACCCACGAUGCAUGGGUCGUCUUGGCGCUAAUGGUAGUCUCGGUGACGAAAUGACGUAGUUUCAUGUCCAAUUUUUAAAUUCAAACUAUUUUUUUUUUUUUAAAUUUAGAAACUAUUAUUUUUUAGAAUGUAAUGAGUGCAGUAGUGUCUCUUUUUACCCGACUAGAAUGAUUGAGGCAUUAUCCCUGUAUAGUACAUUCGGGUACACACAUUUAUCUAUGAAUCUUAGUUUUUACUACAAAGUUAAAUUCACUGCAUUUAGUUUUCCUAGUUUUCGCUUCUGAUUGUACAAUGGCUAGCUACACUACUUGCGUGUGGGAUUGGUUCGGUGAAUUUGGGGAUCACAUCAGAUAACCCACGAGGGUCAACAGGUUGACAGUCGGUGCGUUCUUGUCACACCCGGAACAUACCCUGAGGCUGUAAAAACUGUUUAAGGUUGACAAACCUGUUCACAAAAGACCUACCUGUUCAGUGUAGAACUUGGUUAAUCAUAAAUAGUAGGUAAUGAGCUAGGUUCGUACCAGCAUUUACUAGAUUUUUACUUAUCACUAGAGAUGUACAACAGACGUUAUUAAACAAUUUAUUUUAA